AUGACAUUCAGGGAAGAAUUGGCAUCUAUAAAGCCAUUAUUAGAAUCCAUAGGGCCAUAUAAUGAGUUCCCUGAAGAAUAUAAUUCAAAAGAUGCCAUUGAAGCAUUAUUAACAUCAAAAGUAUUAGUAAUAGGAGCCGGAGGAUUAGGAUGUGAAAUAUUAAAGAAUUUAGCAUUAACUGGGUUCAAAGAUAUUCAUGUAAUAGAUAUGGAUACUAUUGAUAUUUCCAAUUUAAAUAGACAGUUUUUGUUUCGAACUGGUGAUGUAGGAAAAUCGAAAGCUCAAGUAGCUGCUAAGUUUGUGGAAGAACGAAUUGGUGAUAAGCAAUUAAAAAUUACUCCAUAUUUUGGUAAGAUUCAAGAUAAAGAUUUAGAAUAUUAUAAACAAUUUAGUGUAGUAAUUUGUGGAUUAGAUAGUGUUGAAGCUAGACGAUGGAUUAAUGCUACAUUAGUAUCUAUUCUGGAAUCAAAUGAUAUAAUACCCAUGAUUGAUGGAGGUACAGAAGGAUUAAGAGGUCAAUCAAGAGUUAUACUACCUACAAUAUCUUCAUGUUAUGAAUGUUCAUUAGAUUUAAUAUCUCCUCGUACCACAUAUCCAGUAUGUACUAUAGCUAAUACUCCCAGAUUACCAGAACAUUGUAUAGAAUGGGCAAGCGUAAUAAAAUGGGGUCAAGUAUUCCCAAAUCAAAAAUUUGAUGCUGAUAAUCCUGAAGAUGUAGAAUGGAUGUAUACAGCGGCAUUAUCUAGAGCAAAUGAAUUUAAUAUUGAAGGAGUUACUAAACUGUUAACUUUAGGAGUGGUUAAAAAUAUUAUACCAGCAAUAGCCUCAACUAAUGCAGUUAUAGCGGCAUCAUGUUGUAAUGAAGCAUUCAAAUUAAUUACUAAUUCAAAUCCAAUUUUGGAUAAUUAUAUGACUUAUUCAGGAGAUGAUUCAAUCUUUACUUUUACAUUUGAACUUGCAAAGAAAAAUACUUGUUCUGUAUGUGGAGUAACAGGAAUAUCAAUUAUAGCUCAAAAUUGGUGGACUUUAGAAACAUUUAUAGAAGAAAUAAGUGAAAAGAAAGAUAUUCAAGUUAAACAACCAUCAUUGACUACUUCUUCUAAUUAUUUAUAUUUAAGAAAUCCUCCACAUUUGGAAGAGAUAACUCGACCUAAUUUAAAUAAGAAAUUAAGUAAUUUGAUUAAUCCUGGUGAAGAAAUUAUAGUUACUGAUCCCAAUUUACCCAUGUCAUUGAAAUUAAUAGUAUCAUUCGAAGGUCCUGAACUAGAACCAAUAUAG